CAGGGCGCGCAGCUCACCCGCUGCCCCUCCAGCCACACGCCGCGCCCCGCCCCGCCGUUGAAGCAGUUCUGGGGGGCCGGCACACGGAUCGGCGACGGCCUCCGACACAGGAGCGGGGAGCCAGCGGCGUGCGGAGCCAGCCGCCGCUGCCGUACCGCUGCUAUUCGCCAGUACGGCCCCCACCCGCAUCCAUUUCGCCUAGCGACAAAGGUGAGUUUGUUUGCUACAACGUUUCACACGCGUGCCUGCCCUGUUCGUAGUUCUGCACCCACAACUAUCUCGAAUUAUCUCAAUUAGUUGGGAACCUAUAGACGACGGUUACGUUUUGCCCAAGCAGCCGGCCUAGUUGGCAUGCCGCAUGCAUCGCCUGGCCACCGGUGCAUGUGGCAUGUCUAUUAGGCCGGCUGUGUGGUCACGGCAUGUUGCUCUGAGGGCCCGUUGCAUGGGGCUGGAGUGUCUCCGGCUAGCUCGCUGCCUGCUUCUAAACGUGCCUUGCCCUAGUGUUCCAUCCGUUCACUCAUCGCCACCAACCCAUUCCCUUGCCCCCCCCCUCCUUGCCCCCCCCUUCGAUCUCCGCAUGAGCCUCCGAUCCUGGCUCCUGCGCUUCGUCCAAGUAUAUCGUCGGCAUCAGUCCCUGGCACCCAGCCCCUCACCGCCAUCUCCUGCACCGCUCCCGCCUGGCGUGCCGCCUUCUUCGCCGGAGCCGCCACCCAGCCCCUCACCGCCAUCUCCUGCACCGCUCCCGCCUGGCGUGCCGCCUUCUUCGCCGGAGCCGCCACCCAGCCCCUCGCCGACAUCUCCUUCCCCGCUCCCGCCUGGCGUGCCGCCUUCUUCGCCGGAGCCGCCACCCAGCCCCUCACCGCCAUCUCCUGCACCGCUCCCGCCUGGCGUGCCGCCUUCUUCGCCGGAGCCGCCACCCAGCCCCUCGCUUCAAAGUUCUGGGGGGCCGGCACACGGAUCGGCGACGGCCUCCGACGCAGGAGCGGGGAGCCAGCGGCGUGCGGAGCCAGCCGCCGCUGCCGUACCGCUGCUAUUCGCCAGUACGGCCCCCACCCGCAUCCAUUUCGCCUAGCGACAAAGUCGCCCUGCAUGUUGUGACACACC